AUGUCUAUACUCUGCAAGAACGGGACAUUGCUACUACAUGAUGAACAUGACGUGGUUCAUCCUACCAAGGCCGAUCUGUUGAUUGAAGACACCAGAAUCAAGGCUAUCGGCGAGAAUAUCGAAGCACCACCUGGCGCAUCGAUCAUCGACUGUUCUGGGAAGAUCAUCUCGCCUGGCUUCAUUGAUACUCAUCAUCAUCUCUGGCAGACAUGUUUGAAAGCAACCCAUGCGAAUGAAACGCUCAUCGACUAUUUCUCGAGUGGCCUAUUUAUGAAUUCGUUCCUCUCACCCGAUGAUAUCUUCUGGAGUCAGCUGGCCGGUUCCCUUGAGUGUGUGGAUAGUGGAACGACCACGGUAGUCGACCAUGCCAGUCUCAACUACUCGCCUGAUCACUCAAAAGAGGCACUGCGCGCUCUCAUAACAUCCGGUAUUCGUUCAGUGUUCGCCUACUCCCCAACUAGUCGCGUGAAGCAAUGGACGCCCGAUUUCCUCGUCGAACAAGAUCUUUUAGCACCGUGGGUUAUGGAAACGUUUGAUCAGCUAGCGUCGAUGAAUCCGUUCGGUCCAUCGGGACGAGUGACAUUGGGAUUCGGAUUUGAUGGUGUUUGGUUGCCGGGACAUAUUGUGAAAGAUCUAUUUGAAAGGGUUCGUAAUGCGGGUGCUCAGUUGAUCACUAUGCAUGCAGUUAAUUAUGCUGCGUUUGGAGCUCCGCAUGUCCCGACGACAGUAGCCACCUUGGACAAGCAUGGAUUGCUUGGUCCGGACAUUCUUCUGUCCCAUAAUACCAAUCCCACUGCAGAAGAUAUCACGACCAUCAGCCAGAAGGGAGUGAAAAUAUCAGCAACACCAGGAACAGAACUUCAAAUGGGCCACGGCAACCCUGUCUGUCUCAACGAUGGUCUUGAAGAGUACUCAUCUCUGGGAAUUGAUUGCCACAGCGUAUGUAGUGCAUAUAUUCCAGCGCAAAUGAUGCUCGCCCUGCAAUCUGCCCGCGCACGACGACACGAAGAAUUUGAAAAGCGCGGCAAGUGGGCUGAGACGGUAGGAAGCACUGUAGCGCAGGUGUUCAAUCUAGGAACGAUCCAGGGGGCGCGCAGUAUCGGGAUGGAGAGUGAGAUUGGUAGUUUGGUGGCAGGCAAGAAGGCAGAUAUCGUGAUUUAUGAUUGUCAGACACCGGGGAUGUUGGUUGCUGCCGAUCGCGAUCCUGUGGCUGCGAUUGUUUUGCAUAGUACGGUUCGGGACGUUGAUACGGUCAUUGUUGAUGGAAUUGUGAGGAAGAGAGAGGGCAGACUUCAACCUGUUGUAGCGCCAGAUAAUAUUUCAUCGACUGCAGAACAAGGCAAGCGGAUUGAAUGGAGGGGGGUGACCGAGCGACUGAUCGCACUGAGUCGACAGAUUGACGAGAAGAAGAGGACGAUUGUCGAUCCUGACGUGGCGAGAAAGGGUAUACACGAGGGAUUCCAUUUGAACCUGGCUGCUCAGUCGAAUUAG